AUAUUGCUGGCAAUGUUAUGUCCAGGACACUGAUGGGUGGACGAGCUGAGCGCAAUGAAUACUUGCUUCUUCAUGCAUUUUAUGAAAAAGAUUUUAUUGUGCCUGAUAAACAGCUGUUUAAAAAGCAGAAGCAUUUGGAAGAAGAUGAAGAUUUGGAAAAUGAUCAGAAUAAAUCAAAGAUAGGACGAAAAAAGGCAGCAUAUUCUGGAGGUUUAGUUUUGGAACCAAAAGUUGGUUUUUAUGACAAGUUCAUUUUGCUUCUUGACUUCAAUAGUUUAUACCCUUCAAUUAUCCAAGAGUUUAACAUCUGUUUUACAACAGUUCACAGAAUGUCGUUCAGUGUGCACAAAAAGACAGAGGAUGGUGAACAAGAAGAAAUUCCCGAAUUACCUGAUUCAUCUCUAGAAAUGGGAGUCUUGCCUAAAGAGAUUAAGAAGCUUGUUGAGCGAAGGCGUCAAGUGAAACAGCUGAUGAAACAACCAGGCUUACAUCCUGACCUUUGCUUACAGUAUGAUAUCAGGCAGAAGGCUCUGAAGCUUACAGCUAAUAGUAUGUAUGGAUGCCUGGGAUUUUCCUACAGUAGAUUUUAUGCAAAACCCCUUGCUGCUUUGGUGACUUUCAAAGGUAGAGAGAUCUUAAUGCAUACUAAGGAGUUGGUACAAAAGAUGAAUCUGGAAGUGAUUUAUGGCGACACAGAUUCCAUCAUGAUAAAUACAAACCUCACCAAACUGGAAGAAGUAUUUAAACUGGGAAACAAGCAAACAUAUUUAAAAGUAGCUGAAGCUAAAGAAUCUGACUUUUCCCUGGCAAUAUAUCUGCAAAGCAUGCAUAUUCAAAUAACUGCUGUGAAGAUUCCUUUAUGGAAGACUUUCACAAGUUCUUAUUUCUCUUCAUCUUCCCAAUGCAAGGGGGAAAAUCAAAAUGUUUCCACCUGA